AUAGUGACAAAUGUUCAAAUCAUAGACUUCAAUAAUUGAACUCAGAAGAAGAACAAAACCCAAUCAGCCACACAUAUAUUCACAUAAACCCAAAAAGAGAAGACGAAGAAGAAGACUUUAAUGGAGAUUAUUCCGCCGUCACAAUCUCCGGUAACACCACUCCGCCGUACAAAAUCCAUCCCCACCAUGACGACUUCGAACACUCAAGAAAUCCCUUUCGACAUCGCUUCAACGCCGCCGUCUUCCUUCGACUACGACCUGAUCACCACAAAACCAUCUUCUUUCGUGGCCUACACGUCUCUCAGAGACAUCAUCUCCUCUUCUUCUCCGAGUAACUCGUCGCUCGCUUUACCGAUGAUUUUUCACGGUAGCUGCUCUCCGGUUAUUUCAUCCGUCGGAGAUAUCUCGAUUCGUAAUCGUCUCGUUAAGCAAGCUGCUCUGUCUUAUCUUCAACCAACGGCUUUGACUUCUUCCGACGAUUCUCCUGGUUCUCAAUUCUUCCGCCGCGUUUGGCUUCAAAUCUCCGCCGGGUUACAGUUCUUGAAACGUGUGUUUGAUUGGAUUUUUCAGUCGAUUCGUGUUCCUUUGAUUGUCAAAUAGUUUUUUUUGAUUUGUGAAUACAUUUGGAGUUUUUCAAGAAUUGAACACAAAACUGUUUGAUAUUACAAUAAAAAAAAGUGUUACAAAAUUGGUUUUGUUAUUGCAAUUUCGGUGAACCGUCGGUUUACAAUUUGGUUA